CGUGAACAACCCACCCAGCUGGGUAUAUAUUCAGCGAUGACAGCUCGCUAAUCCACUGCGUUUGCUUCGACAGCCCAGUGCAAAGAGGAAAUCUCGAAAACAAAAGCGACUCUUCCAACGAAACCGUUUCGUACAGAGGUGUCAACAUGAAGGCAAUAAGCCCAGUCAGGUCUUUCCGGAAAAGCAGCGCGAAUGUGACGGAGCACAGUCUGGGAAUCUCACGGAGCAAGACCCCCGUGGACGAUCCCCUAAGCCUGCUGUACAACAUGAACGACUGCUACUCCAAACUGAAGGAACUGGUGCCGAGUAUCCCGCAGAACAAAAACGUGAGCAAAAUGGAAAUCUUGCAACAUGUCAUCGACUAUAUCCUGGACCUUCAGAUCGCACUUGACUCAAAUUCCGCAAUCACCAGCCUGCAUCACCCGCGAGCAGGGCAGGGGACAUCCAGAACACCCCUGACAACACUCAACACAGACAUCAGCAUCCUCUCAUUACAGACACCUGAGUUUCAAUCAGACUUGAUCACAGAGGACAGCAGGACACUUUACCGUUAAUCAGGUGUUUGGUUAAGACACAAGAACACACAGGACCUGGGAACUGGCUUUUCCUCUGAUUUCUGUUCUCAGUCUGGAGUUGUUGUUUUUUUUUUUUGUUUGUUUUAUUUUGCUUUUUUUUCUUUCCUGUAAUUGAAUCAAGAGACUUUUUUGCUUCUAAAAGGACAAUCCAUGUGAUGUGUUAUAAGUUCGGACAUUGAUUAUUUAUCUUCUAAAAAGACUUAUUUGGUCCUUUCUUCAAGAGGAAGAAGCACUAUAUUCCCUGAAAAUAGGAGGGGAAACCUGUAAAUGAUCACAAGGAACCUUUUCUCUGCAUUGAGAAGAAGUCUUACCUUUUUUUCGUGAAGAACGUGUGAAUAGGAGAAGACGUGGUUAGUUACUGUACAAAGUUUAAGUCUGUUUUUGUCAAUUCUUUUGGCACACGAAGGACUGGACGUUGAAAAUGACAUGAUGAAACCUUGUGAACUCUCUCAGAGUUUUAUCUUGUAUAGUUGCAGAAAUUGGACUGUCAGUAUCUGCAAAGUGUUAUGCUGUAUGCUGAGACUUUUUAUAAAAGUAAUAUUGUAAAUCGUACCUUUUUUUUUUUUAUACAAAAUAAAUCAAAUGCUUUAUUUGA